AUGCUAUCAGUUACAUCAUCAACUUCAAGAUUUGGUUCAGUCUCAGUGCAGCAAUCCUCUCGCAACAUGAUGAUGGAAGAAUUCAGUAACUCAUUCAAUGAAAAUGAUUUCUUAGAUGAUGAACCCCUUGUUGUUGUUGAGAGUGGGGAAGAUUCACGUCCAGAUUUGAUAUCCCAACAACAAUGUCCUGCCACCUUGAUACUUUACUUGAAAGACUCUCGCAAUCGCGAUGUUGUGGUUCAACGGCAAAUCAUUCAAGACUUGAUCAUCAUGAAUGAUUUUGAAGGCCUGAUGAAAAGAAUUGCUUUGCUCUUUGAAUCCUUUCCCAAUCAACACAAUUUAGACAAAAUUUCCACUCUUUCUGUGGUGAUGCAAAUAGUCUGUAGGGUGGGCUCCUGCAAGAAGCAAGCUCUCACCAAUGAUUCUGAAUGGAGAGAUGCUCUUCAAAGAUUGUUGCAAUCAAAUUGCACCUGCAUGGAAUUGUUUGUCAAACUCAAGUAUCACAAACAGAAACCAAAGAAUGCUUCCUCAUACGUAACACGAGCUCUUGUUCCAUCCUAUCACCAAAAGACUCACUCUUUGCUUGACAACCACAUGUUCUAUCAAAAGAAAAGACCAAUCAGGUCACUUUUCAAACUUGAUAGCUUCGACUUCAAUGCAAGCAGCUUUGAUAGAAUAAUUGUUGAUGCCACCAGUAUGAUGUUAGCUGUGAAGGAACUGAAGCAUUUACUGCUUUACAAAAAUAGAAAGGAACAAGCUGAGAGAUUUAUCCUCAAAUUGUUCUCUCAUUUGCACCAUGUCAACUCACUCAAACUCAUGCACAUUUGUUUCAACUCAACAAGCAAUCUUGUCAUUCCAGAGAAUCAGAGAGACAUUGAUGCUGACACAUUUGUUGUGUCAGUUGCUCCAGCAUUCUCUUUUGUGAAUGAACAAGUCGUUGAGUCGGCAAACAGGCAGAUUAUUGCUGGUUAUUUGGAAUCUUGCCUGGUCGUUACAAACGACUGUGUAUUGACAAAGGAGAUGAAGAACAUGGGUGUCAAGUGUUGUACUCCAAAAUCAUUUUUGAAACAGAGCUUUAAAGCGUUCUCUAGAUCCAAUAAGGAAAUGAACGUUUCCAAGAAGAGCUCUUUUAGAGAGUGGAUUUCUAGCCAUGUCGAUAUCCCAAUGUUUCACUAA